UUCUUACCAAAAGUAACGCUGACGUCAGUGACUUGAUUUCUUGAUUAUUUUUUAGACAAAAUCAUCAGAGGAGAACGUAGUUUUAUAAACUUUAAUGUUAGUAUAUUUCUGUGUGCGUAUCUGAUUACCGCUUUUAUUGUAUAUAAACAUGUCCUCUCAAUCCGAGUCUAAACCAGUAGAAUCUGAAACUCCUGCGACUAAUUCUAAUAAUAUUUUAUAUGAAAUAAUAUACAGUCCGGUAAAUUUAAUACUGACUUUGGUGAUUGUUGUGUUAAUAUACAAAAUUAUUAAAAGUAAGUUUGGUAAAAUAAUCGAAGAGGCACCAGCUCCGGAAUUGCCAAAAAUCCGUAAGGAUAUGACAGUGGCCGAACUUCGAAAAUACGAUGGUAGCCAGGAGGAUGGUAGAGUAUUGGUGGCAGUUAACGGAUGGAUAUUCGACGUGACGCGGGGACGUCGCUUCUACGGCCCUGGCGGUCCAUAUGCAGCUUUUGGGGGCAAAGAUGCCUCCCGAGGUCUAGCUACCUUCUCAGUGACAUCAUCUGACAAGGAAUAUGAUGACCUCAGCGAUCUGAACUCAAUGGAGAUGGAGUCAGUUAAGGAGUGGGAGGCACAGUUUAGAGAAAAAUACGAUCUUGUUGGCAAGCUUCUUAAACCAAGCGAAGAACCAACAAACUACUCCGACGAAGAUCCCGAAGAUACGGACACCUCGACGUCACCGGAUGAUAAGAAGGCACAAUAAAUAUAUUAAUAGUAGGCAAACUAACGGACUUUGACGCUCUCAUAUAUAGAUCAACUAUUAAUAUGGUAUCUAUCUUCAAUUAUUUCGCCAUGUUUUAUUUUUGGCUCACUUCAGUUAAAAUAUCAUUAAAUUCAUAUGUACAUCGAAAUGAAGAGCACAUAACUAGUAUUUAAACAUAUGGGUAACAAUGAAUAAAUUACGGGAAUAUUUUUGUGGUACGUUUGUACCACAAAUAUAAACCAGUCUGAUUCCGGCGCAACAGCACGACAGGUUGAUGUGAAUCCGCCUUAAUCUUUGUUUUGUUUUUGUUCGUCACAAACGUGUCCACUGAUAGAUGAUUCUAUAACGCUAAGUAGAAUAAGGUGUAUUCACAUGUUCCGUCCUACUCACACGAACGGUACCACGGAAAUCGUAUACUAGAAUAUUCAUCGUCAUUAAACAAUUUUUUACUCGAAAUGAUUUAAAUCAAUGAUAAAUAAAUUUAAUCUCUUACGAUUAUAUAUAAAAAUAAUAAUAAUAAUUUGAAAUCGACAAAUCCGAAUUGUGUAGUAAAUCGAUAUGGGUCACUGCUAACUGCUCACUAAUAAAAUGAUACGUUUUGUUCAAGGUCACCGUGUAGUGUGACGUCACAAUAAAAUACGAUACUAUGGAAACACUCAACAUGUUUAAAAUUUGCUGCGCGUGAAAGUUUCAUGUACAAAAAAUGUAUGUGAUAUAAAUAUCCCGUGAAUAAAGAUAUAUAUAUUUACUAGAGAAUUAUUUUUACAAAGUGUAAAAAAAAUAUUGUUAAUAUCGAUAAUGAUGUAUAAUGAAAUAUAUGUGCUUAAUAUACCGAGCGGACGGUAACAAAUUAAAUACGUCUAGAAUGUUCCAGAAAGUUCCAACGCCAUAUCUACGCGCUCUGAAUGUAUGUAUUGUUAUAUUGUUUUCUCAAAUUUAAUGCAACUUGUCUCUGAAUUUAUAUUAUAUAAUAGUGAGGCCUUUAUUAUUAAUGAGUUCGCGUGUGUUGCAAAAUUUUUUUUUUAUAUAUAUGUACUACGAAUCGAAAGACUGAGAGGGCAAAUAAGAUUGAUAAAUCAAGGGAAGUGAAAGUAAUGCACAUUCUUUUUGUAAUUUAUCGUCGCCAUGCUUGUUGAUAAUUCGCAUUUAACACAAGUAUUAUUGUUUCGGCAUAUUUUUUUUUUUUUACAAAUUAUUUUUUAGUUUCACUCGACUUAUUUGGUACUUAAAAUUAUGUCAUGGCGGUUACAAGGAAAUGUGCAUAAUAUAGUAUAAAAAUUAUUCGUUGUUAUGUAUUAAGUUUUUUUUUUUAAUCUGCGGUGUGUGAUUUUUUUAUGAAUUUCUCGUUUUAAUAUUGUUCUCUGUGAUGCAGAGCUUAUUUUAGCGAUCAGUACAAAUGAAUCGGUAACAUUGGUGGUAUUAUGUCGGUUUUUAUUUGUUCAAUGUCGCAUUUCACGAAAAGAAUGUUCUAAUAAAUUUGGUUGGUCUUUUAAAUGUUCUGAGGAAAUUAAUAUUGUUAUGAUAUGUAACUAUAUGAUAAGCUUCGUUUUAAGUUGUGGAAACUCUGUUAAUAUACGUUUUUAACAUUG